AUGCCGGCGGCCGUUUCACAGGAAGCGGGCAUCAGUGAUGAGCUGGUGAAGCACUGCACGGCGCCUGACAGUGUCACAACGCUGCUGGCCGAGGACCCCGCGCUAACGCCAGGUGAUGCAUGGAAAAGGCUGUACGGGGGCAAGGCAAAGCGGCGUGAGCAGAAGGAAAUUGAGGUCGACGGAGCGGUGCCGGCGUUGGAUGAGUUGACUGGCCUGGAGCGCUUCGCGGCUUGUGGAAAAUGGGGGGACGCAAAGCCGAGCGAGCUGUUCCUGAGGAUGUAUGGUGCAGCCCUUGAAUCGAUUGAUGGCGAUCUUGAGCAGGCUGUUGUGAGCCCGUCGCUCAUGGGAAGCUGCGGCACGGUGCCCCUGACUAUCAUCUCGACUAUACCAGACAUCGCCCGCCACAUGUCGAACCUCAUUGUGCGCGCAGAAAAGGAGGUCUUCCUCGCAACAAACUACUGGAUCAGCAGCGUCGCUGUGACCUUCAUCACCAACGCCAUCCGCGAGCUUGACCGUUGUGCCGGCGCCCGCGGCGUCAAGGUCGUUGUCAAGAUCAUUUACGACCGUGGCGCCGUCAAGCAGGUAUACACACCGCACUACGACGUGGGCGAGAAGGAGUUCACUGAUCCGCAGGUGGCGCUGCCGCGGCGCGCGGACAUCCCCAACAUUGACCUGCAGGUUCUCAACUAUCACAAGCCCAUGCUUGGGACCUUUCACUCCAAGUUCAUGAUCGUGGACCGAAGAAUCGGACUGGUGCAGAGCAACAACAUCCAGGACAACGCCAACCUGGAAAUGGCGAUACAGGUCGAGGGGCCUCUUGUCGAUUCGUUGUACGACAUGGCGCUCAUCACGUGGGAUAUGAAUCUUGGCCAGGGAAUGCCGAUGAUCAAAUCGGCAGCGGCGGCAGAUGAGAACAACAUGCCCAGCUGGACGGAGGAGUGGGAUGAGCAGUUCACGGACGAGGGCAGAUUGAGGGGAUUCGACGCUGUCGUCGACCCGGCGAAGAUGAUUUGGAAGCAGCAGUUUGGGAAGCCGGACGACUUGAUGAACGAAGGGCAGACGAAUGGACACUCCGUGAAUGGCCUCGAUGGUUCUCGAAACGGCCUCAGCCCUAGGCUCUCCAACAAGCUCUCCGACGGCUCCUCGGCCGCCUUGACCGAUGACAGUUCACAGCCCAGGACCCCAGAACAGAAGAAUCACGACCUCCCUGAACACACUCACGACUCACCUCACUAUGACAACUCUCUACCCGCCGAAAUCGUCCGCCUCCAAACGUCUCUUCGGCCCUCUCCCUCCGAGGACAUCUACGCCCCGAUCACUCGGCACCUGAACCACACCAACGCCGCCGCCUACACCGUCCCACCUCGCCUCCAUCCCGCACGCUUCCCUCCCUCCGAGCAGCCGACCCCCUACACCCCCCAUCCUCGCCACUCGCCCGUGCCCAUGGCCCUUGUCAACCGGCCGCCCCACGGCUCGCCAGACUCGAGCUCACUCUCGAACCCGCAAAACGCCGCCUGGCUCGCAGCCCUCGCACACGCCCGCUCCUCCGUCUUCAUCCAGUCCCCAACCCUCAACGCCUCCCCCCUGCUCCCGGCCCUCCUCGCCGCCUGCGAGCGCGGCGUCCACGUCCACGCCUACAUCUGCCUCGGCUACAACGACGCCGGCGAGCUCCUGCCCCUGCAGGGCGGCCACAACGAGGCCGCCGCCCACCGCCUGCACGCCCAGCUGUCCGACGACGCGCGGCCGCGGCUGCACUACCACUGGUACGUCGCCAGGGACCACGCCGCGCCGGUGCCGCACGGCCUCGGCGCGCGGGCCUGCCACAUCAAGCUCCUCAUCGCCGACGAGCGCGUCGGCGUCGUCGGCAGCGGGAACCAGGAUACGCAGAGCUGGGCGCACAGCCAGGAGGUCAACGUCAUGGUCGACUCGCCCGACAUUUGCCGCUCGUGGAUCGAUGCUCUGAGGCGGAACCAGAACACGGCCUUGUUCGGCCGGCUGCAGAGCGAUGGCGUUUGGCGGGACGACAGGGGGGACGAGGUCGAGGGCGCCAUGGGCGUGGAUGCUGGACGGUUCGCGUGGGCCAAGGGCAUCAUGGGCGCUGUCAAGAGGGUACAGGGGAAGGGAGGAUUCGGUUAA